UCUCAGUUUGUUCCUUCUCGGCCAUUUCGCCGGCGAAUUUUGAAGAGGGAAGAAGAAUCGAUGGCGAGAGCAUUGAGGAACCAAUUGGAAUCUCGAUUUUUGAUUCGCUUCGUUCAGUCUCCGACUCUGUUCGCCUCCUGCUUCACGAGUUCGAGAUCCCUUCAAACCCUAGCCUACGAAGAAGUCCGAUCCUCCGGGGAUGGGAAGACUGAAUCCACAGCUCUUAUUCUUCACGGCCUCCUCGGAUCCGGCCGCAACUGGCGAUCGUUUUCUCGCUCCCUUGCAUCGUCUCUCUCCGUCUCCUCUGCCUCAGAUUGGAAGAUGGUACUUGUCGAUCUGAGGAACCACGGGAGAUCAACGGAGGUGGAAGGGAUUAAUCCGCCUCAUGAUCUUGUGAAUUCCGCCAAGGAUUUAGCUGAUUUGGUCAAGGCAAGUGGCUGGAAUUGGCCUGAUGUGGUCAUUGGCCACUCACUGGGAGGCAAAGUGGCUCUGCAGUUCAUGGAGAGUUGUGCUCGUGGUGAUUAUGGUGAAUCCGCUUCUCCUCCUAAACAGCUAUGGGUGCUAGACUCUGUCCCUGGGGAAGUCAAGGCAGAGAAAAGUGAUGGCGAAGUAGAGAAAGUUCUUCACACGUUGCAGAGUUUACCUUCACCGAUCACUUCCCGCACGUGGCUCGUGGAUCAUAUGGUGGAACUAGGGUUUUCAAGAUCGUUAUCUGAGUGGAUUGGUAGCAAUCUCAAGAGAUCCGGAGACUCAGAGACAUGGGCCUUUAACCUCGACGGAGCUGUUCAAAUGUUCAAGUCUUACAGGGAGACUUCGUACUGGUCCUUGCUAGAGAACCCGCCAAAAGAGACGGAGAUUUCUUUCGUGAUUGCAGAAAAGAGUGACCGAUGGGACCACGAUACAACCACGCGGCUUGAAACAAUCGCUAACCGAAGACAGAGUGUCGCGGAUGGGAAGGUUGCUACUCAUCUUCUCCGUAACUCUGGCCACUGGGUCCACACAGACAAUCCAAAGGGACUCCUGGAGAUUGUGAGCCCCAACUUCUUGUCCACACACAAAUAG